GACAAAGCCCUGGCUGGGAUGAUUUAACUGGGACUUGGUCCUGCUUCGAGCAGCGGGUUGGACUAGAUGACCUUCUGGGGUCCCUUCCAACCCUGAUAUUCUAUGAUUCUAUGAUCUUUAGGAAUGGAAAAUACUCAGGGCCUGAUUGUUCUCUGAUUUACACCAGUGUGAGAGAAGAAUCCAGCCCUUAUUAUUAGAGCUGGACACUACUUGUAUUAUAUUAUUUUUCAGAUUUAAAGUUGAAAACUUAUAUUACUAACAGGUUUUUUUUCCUGGUUAAUCGUUGUUGCUCAUUGAAGUCAUAACAUCGAUGGGGAUGCUGGUUUCACAGACACAUUCUUACACACUACAUCCUAAUAGACUCUAGAAUUUAUAUUCAUUUUUUUGUUAAUGUUAAAAACAUUUAGCACUUAUUGCAAUCAUCUGAAAGCUGUGCACUAGUAUUCUGAACUGAGUCUGGCCUGGCUGGACUUGUGAGUUUCCGCUAGGGGGGCAUUCCUAAAUAAAUUUAUAAUUUACAUUUUUCCGGUUGAGUUUAUACCUACAGGAUCUUGCUGUAUAACUUUGCCUGAAAACCAAGUUGUCUGUUGUCUUUGUUCGACUGAUCUCUUGACUAUACUGUGUUGCAGUUACUAAACAGAAAAGUUUGCAAAAGAGAAAUACAGGCACUGUGACGUGCGGGGUGACCGUGUCUGUUUAACGGCGCUGUGGUCAAGGCGCUUUACGGACUCUUCGCAGCCCCAGGCGGGGCGAUGGGCGGGGCAAUUGUUCAGGCCCCGCCCCCUACAGCCCGAGACAGGCGGUGGGCGGGGCAGUGCUCCGGGCUCCUCCUCCUCCUCGCUGUCCCCGCGCUGCCCGCCAAGCCGAGGGCUGGGAGCUCGCGCUGAGGCGCUGCCUGGGCCCGGGCGUCGGGAUGUUUCGGGGCCGCAGCGCCUGGUUCUCGCAGAGCGUCAGCCGGGAGCUCCGCGAUUUGUGGGUGGCUGAAGGAGGAGUGAUUUCAACUCAUCAUGGUGCUGAUUACCUGUUCAGCAGUGAUGCUUCACACCUUGAUACACAGAGAAUACACCAGAGCCUAGAUUAUAUAGAGGGUAAAGCUACAGUUUUUCAUUCUUGUUAUCUCUCUGCAAAUGCAAGUGCCAGCUCUGAAAUGAAACAGACAGUGGCUUUGGGUCACUUCAUCCUUCCCCCGGCCUGUGUGCAAGAAGAAAUUAGAAGAAAACUUGGUAGUUUUAUAUGGGAGCAGAUGAAUGAUUCCCUGAUGGAACGGCUUGAUGAAUUAACACCAGUUGAAAUAAAGACUAGCAUAAAAGAGGAUGAGCAAAGAAUAAAGGGCAAAAAAGACCUGGAUGGAAGGAGUAAAGAAAAAAGAGUAUCAAAAACACCAGUGGGAGGGAAACCUGCAUACUGUCCACUUCAGGAUUAUCCAGUGAACAACAUGGUGACAGGUUAUGUCUCUUCUAGUGAGAUGAAGAAAUACCUUGGGGAACUAAAUGACUUCAUUCCUGGCACUUCAGGUUACUCGGUAUAUUGGAUUAAAAAUGAAAUGGACAUUUUCUCUGAUGUGAAAAAUAAAUUGAAAAGGAAACUAUAAAUGACAUUUAAAUUGUUUGUAUCAAAAACAUAACUUGGCUUUGCUAAAACAUUGCUAAAUAUACGUAUGCCCGUUUAAUAACAUCCCAUCUUUAGCGUUGUAUAUAUCCGUGUUCUCUCUCUUUGUGUUGGUUGCUGGUUACCUUAAAUAGCACUGUCAUGGUACUUACAGGUUUUUUUAGUUCAGUGACUGGAGGACUGAAUUCUGAGUUGAAUUUCUUUGUAUUAUUUUUGGCCCAAGCUAACUUAUUAUAUUGACUACAGCUGGGUGUGCCUUAUAAUUUUUUGGAUAUUCAUUAUAUUUUAACAACUGGUUACAUUUGCUGUAAACAGCUUCAACUACUUAAAAUUUUUUUUCAUAUUAAAAUUACAUAUAAGCUUUCAUCAAAUAAUUGCAAGAUGUUUGGAAUUUUUAGGGUAACAGACUUUGAUUUCAAUAUGACUUCUUGAGCAGAGAUUUUAUUCUCACAUGGUUGCAUGCAAAACACUCCUCAGGGUGAUUCUGGCUGUUAGUAAAGCAGGUGUUAGUAAAAGUAAAGUAACAGUAUAAUUAGGCAGUCCAAAGAAGAAUUUGAAGAGCAACUAGCAAAAGACUCAGAAACUAACAGCAAUUUUUUUUAAGUACAUCAGAAGCAGAAAGCCUGCCAACCAAUCGGUGGAGUCGCUGGAUGAUUGAGAUGCUAAAGGAGCACUCAAGGAAGACAAGGCCAUUACAGAGAAGUUAAAUGAAGUCUUUGCAUUGGUCUGCAGAGGAUGAAGGACAUUCCUACACCUGAGCCAUUCUUUUU